GUCUUCACGAGACCACGUCUACUAUGGCACGCGUUAUUUUCCUAGCAACUGUAUUGGUGGCCCUGUGCUACACCAGCCAGGCCCUGCCGUCAGAAUUUCCAUCCAACGAAAUUAAAACAGAAUUAGAACAGAAACUCAAGGAUACCUUUGAACGAUUGAAAGAACGGUUGGAAAAAGUCAAAGAACACGGAUUCAAGGAUUCUACACCGGUUGUUUAUAGUGGACAAGGCGAACAAUAUUUAUUGAAUGAUAUUUUUAAGGGAGUCUUCAAAAUAGUAGAUGAAACCCUUCAAUUUUCUCAAGAUGUGAUAAAUGAAAUUCAAGAAUGUUUCCGAGAAUUGGGACCUAACAAGUACACUGCUGAGACAAAAGUUGUCGGUUUGCUUGACGAUAUAAAGUCUAAGUUGCAAGAGGAAUGGAAUAAGAUUGAAAAACAGAUAAAAGAGAUGAAGGAUAAAGCUGAAAAUGUGACGAAAGAUAUAUUAGAAGAAGGUAAAAAUUGGGUGGAAGAUACGAUGAAUCAGGGUAAAGAGAAGAUCAACGAGUUUCGUGAAAAAGCUAAAGAAAUCGUCGCAUGA